CAACAUCAGAAAUAUAUAUAAAUAGCGCAGUGUUACUGUUGGCAUUUUUACUUUUCAAUCGAGUACUUUGCUCCAUCAUGAAGGUCGUAAUUUUUUUACUCCUGAUUGGCGUCAUCAAAAUAGAAGCCCAACCUACUGGAGCAUGCCACUUCGAUUAUUCACCCUAUUGUGGGUUUGCUGAAGGUUGCGUAGUUAAUGCAGGAAACAAAUGCUUUUUGGAGGGCCAAGAAAAAAUAAGGGUUAAGGCAAAUAAGCCACCAUUUAUAAAAAUGGAACCCGGAAGAUGUCCAGAGGAUAUCCCACUCUGUGAAUACAUAAUAUUCGGACAUUCUUUUCGUGCACGUUACGUUUUUGCAUUUUGUCUGUUCCACACCACAAUGGGAACUUUGACCACUUUUUCUGGACAAAAUCCAUAUUUCAAAAGUAGCUAAAAUAACAUACAUUUU